GCAGCGGCGGCGGGGUCCGCCAUGACGUCAGCGUCCACCAAGGUGGGCGAGAUUUUCUCCGCUGCCGGAGCCGCUUUCACCAAGCUGGGCGAACUGACCAUGCAGCUGCACCCGGUGGCCAACUCCUCACCCGCUGGGGCCGAAUGGACAGAUGCGGAGAUCUCCCUGUUAUGGGCCUCCGUCCAGCGCUUUGGAGACGACCUCAACCGCAUAAGCGCACUCAUCAAAGACCGGACUGUGGCCCUGCUGAAAGGGGCGGCCAAGCGCAAAAUCUACGAGGACAGUGGGCUGCCCCUCCCCACCGAGUCCCCAAAGAAGGGCGCCCGCAAAGGGCAGCAGCAGCAGCAGCAGCAGCCAGGCCCCCCCUCUGCACCGGGGCCGGGGGGGCUCCCUGAUCCCUCGGCUCCACCGAUGAAGAAACAGAAAGCGGCCUCUGACGUGACGCUCAGCGCUCUGAACGACUCGGACGCCCACAGCGACUUGGUGGACAUUGAGGGCCUGGGCGACGGGCCUCCAGCCAAAAAGCUCAGUUUCGACCAGGACAGCCUGAAUUUGGACUCUGGAUUAAAUAAAAAGGACUUGGCUUUUUUUCUUCUGGCUGGCUGUGCCCCUCUGAGGGCGGCGCCCUACGCCACUGCCUAA